AUGUCUUCUUUGAUACCUGAUGUAUUAUUUAGGGACUAUCAAGUGGAACUUUUAGAAUCUUAUCUUUUAGAUGAUCCAAAUGUGUCACCUUUAAAUUUAUUCAUUCAAGGUUAUAAAGCCACAGGGAAAACAUAUACAUUAGAAAAAUAUUUCCAAUAUCAUCCAGAUGAUUUACUUCAUGCUUGGAUUAAACCAUUAGAAUUGGUUUCUUGGAAACCAUUCAUUCAAGCAAUUGCAAGAACUGUUCAAGAAACUUUACAAACCAAAUAUCCUUCAGUAUCAAAUAAUGAUGAUAGGAACGAAAAAGAAGAAGACGAAGAAAAUUUGAAACGAUUAGAUACGUUAUCUGUCGAGGAACCAUACCUUUUAAUGAAUUUCCUUGAAACAAUCUUAUCGAAAUAUGCAACUGCAUUAAUGGAACCUAGAAGUUUUUAUUUAAUUUUGGAUGGAUUUGAUAGUUUCCAUGAUUUAGAUACUCAAUUAAUUCAAACAAUUUUCAAACUUUCUGAAAUUUUAAACGUUUCAAAUGGUGGCCAACAGUUAAAGAUAAAAUUGAAAUUCAUUCAUAUAAUUCAAGAUUCAAGUUUCUUAAAUCGAUAUACAAGUUAUUGUUUACCAACUAUUAUUUUCCCACGUUAUAAUAUUGAUGAAUUAAUUGAGAUUUUAAUCUUUUCAAGAUCAAAAGAUCUUCUUAUGAAUUAUAAAUUUACAGAGAAAUGUAAUGAAUUGUUGAUCUUUAAUAAUGAGGAGAAAUUAAGUAUUGUGAUUAAUUUCAUUCAAUUAAUUAUUCAAUCAUUUAAUUCAUAUACGGGGAAUGAUAUUUAUGCAAUUAAUGAUUUAAUUGAUUUUAAAUGGGAAAUUUAUGUGGAUGGAAUGAAUUCAGAUAAUAUUUCUAAUCCGUUAGCAUUAUAUAAAAAAACAUUAAAAAUAUUUACAUCAACUGAUUGUUCCUUAGUACAAGAGAAUGAUAAUGAGCAGCAAGAAUCUGAUACUGUAACUACGACGACCACGUAUAGUAUUAGUAAGAUGUCGAAAUAUUUAUUAAUAGCAGCAUAUCUUUGUUCAUAUUUAGAACCAAGAUUUGAUAGUUUCUUAUUUUCUCUUAAAUCAGAAUUGAAAACUGGUAGAUCAUCAACGGGACGUAGGAAGAAAAAAGAUAUAAAUCCUCGUUUCUUACAAGCAUCAUUAUUUUCCAUUGAAAGAUUACUGGCUAUUUUCCAAAAUAUAUAUCCAAUGGAAAUGAAUUGGAAGAGUGGAUCAUUAGCUUCAUUGGGAGAGAAUUCUUUAAUAAGGUCGAAUGUGGAAGUAUUCCAAAAUUUGGCAGAAUUAGAUUCAUUAAAAUUAUUGGCAACUACUAAGAAUAUUGAUCUUUUAAAUCAUAAGAAUAAAUGGAAAGUUAAUGUUCCAUGGGAAAUCAUCGAAGAAGUUGCAAAAUCUGUAGAUUUUGAUAUAAAUCAAUAUUUCAGUGGAAUUCAUGAUUAA